AUGGCUGAUGCUGCUGCUGCUGCUGCUGCUACGGGGGCGGGUGAAGCCUACUACGCCGCCACCCUGGCCAGGGCACGGGCGGCGGCCCGCAAGACCCCAUCGGUGGGCGCUGCCGUCGAGGUCCGCCUCCGUGGCGAGUCGGUGGUGGGCCUUCUGGCGGCACCGCUUGGCAAUUGCGACGGCAAGGACGUCAACGCCCGCUACUUUCGCUGCCCGCGCCGCUGCGGUGUCUUUGUCCGCCCGGAGAACGUCGCUCUUGCCCGCAAUCGCUACGCCAUUCCGACAGACUACACCCUCUCCGAUGACAACUCGGCGCUGCUCGCCCAGCUCUCCGGAAAGACGAGCAGGUCACAGCCGCAGCCACAGACACGUGCCCGCCCGCGGGCCGUCGAUCGGCCCAGCUCGCGAUCGGGGUCACGUUCGGGCUCGCGCCGACGGUCGCGUUCACGCCGGUCACCUGGCGGUGAGCCGCGAGUCCGCGAGCCAGAAGGGUCUGCACUCAAGAACGUGCGCCGUGGAGCUUCACGCCAGAACCGGCCGGCGACGCUCGACUCGCCGGCCCGGGUGGGCGAGCCGGCUCGAUCGAGUAGACCCAGCAACCGAGCGACGUCGCUGCCUCCCGCAGCCCAUGCGCUUCGGCACCGAAUCCAGUUCCGGCCGUUGCUUCCACGCGGCGCCAGUGCGUCGCCGACGGGCGCAGCGUCGCACGAGCCGCUCCCGGCGCACGGCCAUGGCCACUAUGAUAACGUGGUUGAGGUGGUGCGGUCGGCACACGAUGGACGACCAGACCCUGACAUCUGGUCAUCGCUCCCGUCGUCGUCGCUGGGCCAACGAGUCAUCAUUUCCAACAUGGCGCCGGGAACGAGGGUCCGUGUCCUCGGUGCAGUUUCGGGCGUGGUGCGGUUCAUUGGCGAGACUCACUUUGCGCGCGGGACGUGGGUCGGCGUCGAGCUUGACGAGAAGGUCGGCAAGAACAACGGCAGCGUCGACGAUGUCACGUACUUUGCGUGCCCGCCACUUCGCGGCGUCUUUGUCCAGCCGUCGGUGCUGGAAAUCGCGUACGACGACGACGAUGAGUCCGAGCUCGGCUCAGUCCUCUCCCGCAAGCCGUCAUCGUUUUUCCGCGGCUCGGACUCAGGCUCGAGCUCAGGCUCGUGCUCAGGCGCAGGCUCUGGAACCUCGGACGUUAUUGCGCUCUCUUCGAUGGCACACAUCGCGGUCGUGCCCAACUCGGGCUCGGGCUCGGGCUCGAGCUCAGACUCGGGCUGCAACACCUCCUGCGAGACUACGCUGGAGCAUUCCAAGUCGCUCGGGCCGCUGGCAGCACUGCCGCGGCACAUGCGACAGGAGCUCGACGACAUGGGCGUCCGAAGGAGCGGCGAUGAUGCGCGGGCGCGCCUUGUCCGCUCACGAUCGCUCACCAUCAGCGGCAAGGAGUCGGAGGACGAGAGCUCGACCCGGGCUGAGCUCUUUGCACGCAAGCGGCGGCUCAAGCUGAGUCUCUCGGGAGACGACGAUGUGAACACUCCAUCUACGAGCGAGACUGGCGGGACAGCACAGGAGCUCCUCUACGCCUCUGCGCCGGUGCAAGAGGCGGCGCAGGCUGUGGGCGUCGCCAUUUCGCGGAUGUACAUCUCGGUGGCGACCGGUGACGUCGAGCGAGUCUCGGCCGACGAGCACUACGCCACCAACACGGUCAGAGCGCUCGGCAACUUGCUCAAGAAAGGCGCAGUAUCGGCGCCGAACGAUGCCAUCGCUGCUGAGUAUCGGUACCACGCCGAGCUCCUGCACCGGACGGUGGGCGGAGUGCGAAACGCGGUCGAGUCGUUUGUAGAGACGCCCGAGGAUCGGGCGGCGAAGCGGGCGCUGCUCGACGCCGUGGCCAAGCUGCAAGACGCCAAGAUGGGCCUCCAGCCGACCAAGGGGAGCGGCAGUCUGGCGGUGAGUCGGACGGGCCCUCGCGGCUCAUUUGUACUCCAGUCGACGCCGUCCGGCACGCAGGCGUUUCUGCGGCGGCGGCGCGGGUCUGUGUUUGGGCGGACACGCGACUCGCUCUCGACCGGCGCGCCGUCGCUGAGCUCGAUUGCGGACCCGGCGAUGAGCUCGGGCGGCGAGGCCGAGCGGCCGCUGACUCCCGGUGGAGACGACGGCGGGCUCUCGUCGACGGCGGUGACGCCUGGCGGCGACGAGGCGUCGCAAGUCGACGUCUCGGUUGGGCUGCGGCCGCCCGAGUACUUUAUCACCAUGCUCAACGUCCACGCCGACGCCGAGUCGCUGCGCGAGUUGGAGGAGACCAUCGACGUGGCGCCGGACUCGUGGAUCGCCGAGUUCAUCGACCAGCUCGGCUUUACCACCCUCAUCGACCUGCUGCACAACCUCUCGUCCAAGUCGAAGAAGACUGAUGACGAGAUCGACACUGAGAGCGCAGUGCUCUCGACGCUGGCGACGCUCUUUGAUACCAUGCCCGGAGUCGAGGCCGGCAUGGCACAGGACUACGUCAACAUCAUCACGGCCUCGCUCGACACAACCAACAACGACGCAGUCAUCCGCGCGGCGCAGCUCCUCUCCGGCAUCGCCAUUUACUCGGAGCAGGGCCGGGGUCUAGUCCGGACCGGCUUUGACGAGCUCAAGGUGCUCAAGAAGGAAAAGGUCCGGUUCUCGACGCUUGUCAAGAUGCUCAAGUUUGCCGUCUCUGAUGAUGCGUCCGAGAGCGAGGACGGAAACCGAAGUGGGCACGAGGCUGAGGAGGUGCAGGCCGAACUCCUCUGCCUCAUCAACACGCUCGUCAACCUCUCGACCGACAUCAACACUCGGGUUGACCUCCGGCGCGAGCUCUCUGCGCUCAAGCUCGAUGAGAUCCUGGAGGAGCUAUCCGCGACGCGAUCAAUCGAUCUCUCGACGCAAAUCGACGCAUACCGCGAGUACGCAGAGGCCGAUGCAAAGCGGCUCAAGUUCAACGACAUGGACUUGUCGGAUCCAGUCCAGGUGGCGGAGCGGCUCAAGUUCAAUCUGCGGACGACGCCGCACUUUGGCGCGUUUGUCAAGCUCAUGCAGAUGCUGGUGGCCAUGCCUGCAUCGGGGACCAAAGGAGACGCCAUGUGGGGCCGUGUCUCGGAGGCCUUUGAUAGCCUGGCAUGCGAGAUGCUGGGGCGGCCCAAGGCGAGCGCGGCGAGCGCGGCACGGCCCGAGGUGACCAUUGCGGUGGUGGGUCCGGGCGGGAGCGCCACGCCGCCCUCCGGCGAGGCCGACGGCGACGGGCGUGAGUCGCCGAUGCCGCCAUCGCUGGCGGGUACCUCGGACAUGCCGCUCGGCAAGUCGUUCACCUCGCUCCUUGAUGCGCUGCAGUACUCGCGGUCGGUGGACGAUCUCGAGCGUGAAAAGUCGCAGUUUGACCUCAAGCGGCGCGAGCUCGAGGACCGGGUGGCGCUGCUGGAGGCUGACGCGCCGGACCAGAUGCGAAUGCUCGAGGAGCGGAACGAGUCGCUGAAGCAGCAGAUGGUCUCCGCGAAGCAGACUAUGGAGACGAUGCACAGGCAGCGGUACGCUGCGCUCAAGCGCAAGUACGCCAAAUCGGUCGAGGCCAUGUUGUUUGAGAUUACCAAGCUCAAGAAGCGGCUCGAGCACGCGCGGUCGCAGACGUACGGCCGUCAGCGGCUGCCGCGGUUCUGGCGCUUUGCCAAGCGCAUUGUGAUGAUGACCAAAGUCAUUCGCGCGUUUAGACUUCCCGGGCGCGGGCCAGGCGGCAGUGGCGGGCCUGCCGGCCCCACAGCGGUCGGCGAGCAGGUCGGAGACGGACCGCCGCCGGCGAUCCCGCCGCUACCUCCGGGUGGCGGCGGGCCACCUCCGCCGCCUCCGCCACCGCCGCCGCCAGGAGGUGGCCCGCCUCCGCCACCGCCGCCGCCGGGUGGAGGACCGCCACCGCCACCGCCACCGGGCGGGUUCGGACGCGGCGGUGGGCGGCCAAACACGCCGCGCAAGGCCCAUGUCAAGAUGCGGAAGCUCUUCCUGGGAAGGAUGGCGCGCGGAGUCAAGGUCGAGGACUCGCUCUACUCCAAGCUCAAUCCGCGCAACAUCCGGCUCGACUACAACGUGCUGGAGGAGCUGUUCCAGGCCAAGGCGCCGUCGACCAAGGCGGCGGUCAAGGCUGCGCCGAAGCGUGUGGCGAUUCUCUCCAACAAGAGGAGCAACAACGUGUGCCUUUUGCUGCGGUCGUUCAAGGCGCCGCUGCCUGCCAUCCGCGACGCGAUCAUGGACCUCGACGACGGCCUGCUGACAGCAGACCGGAUCAAGGACUUGCUCAAGGCGUGGAUCACGCCGGAGGAGGAGCGCGAGCUCGACGACUACAUGCAAGACAACGAGGGCGACGCCAAGGCGUUGGCCAGGCUCGGCGAGGCCGAGCAGUUCUUUGUUCUUGUUGCCAACAUUCCCAACGUCCACCAGCGGCUGACAGCACUGCAGCUCCAGCUCGAGUUUGGCGAAAAGGUGCAGGAGAUCUCGGAGAAGCUCGAGCUCAACGCACGGACGGUCGAGGCUGUGCGGUCGUCUGAGGCACUGGAGCAGCUGCUGGAAAUCAUUCUCGCCAUUGCGUCGUUUGUCAACCAGACGUGGGUCAAGGCUCUCCCGCUGGCGUCGCUCCUCAAGCUGAAAGGGACCAAGGCAGCGAACGGGAGGCAGCACCUGCUGCACUACAUUCAGUCUUUUGUGGAAGAGCGGUAUCCCGGGACGGAAAAGGCGUUCCUCACUGCGCUGGAGGGGUGCAACGAGGCAUCCAAGGUCGGCGUGGCAGUGCUCCAGGCCGACUACAACCGGCUGCGCAAAGACGUGCGGGCGGUGGAGAGCCAGCUGGCGACGGUGCCGGCGACCGACGUGCUCAAGGACAAGCUCGGCGAGUUUGUGGAGCGCGCUACUACCGAGCUCAACCGCAUCGAACCGCUCUUCUCGCUCGUAGAAAAGGGCCUCACCGCGCUGUGCGCGAAGCUCGGCGAGAAGGAGACGCCGUCGGAGGAGCUCUUUGGCAUCCUCGACUCGUUUGCGCAAGAAUGGCAGCUCUCGGCGCGGCAAAACGCGCAGCAGCGCGAGCGCGACGCCGCCAAAAAGCGCAAGGCCGCCCACAAGCUGCGGAUGGCCGCGCGUCGGGCGUCCAAGAAGGCUAUCGAGCUCAAGCUCACCAUCGGCGGCAACAAGCCGCCGGCGUCACCUCGCGAGAUGGAGGAGGUGCUCAAGUCGCGCAAGUCCGUCGGCGACCGGCUCAAGGCCGGCCCCAAGAAGCGACGGGUCCUGAGCCGGCGCGUGGACGACUUUAAGAACAAGUAG